AAAAUAAAAAUGAUCGACAUUGAAUUAUUUUAUCCCGGGAAAUCCAGAUUUCUCAUAACAUGUACUACUGUACUACAAAGAUAAGUACUUUAAGUUCGAGCAAUUUGUUCGAAAUCGCUUUUUGAAUUAAAAUAAUUUACAAAAAAUGUAUUUGAUUUCAGUGCCUAAUCUCCCUCCAGUUUUUUCUGUUACUAUUGGACCCCAUUAUUAUAAAGCAAAUGUGACAGCGGAUACUAUGGUAGAGCUAUUGCUGAAAUGCUUUAAAACUUAUAUUAAAGAUGAAAUUCACGACUAUAAUCUUAAUUAUUGCGGAAAAGUCUUACAAAAUACUGAUACUCUUAAAAAUUUAGGAAUAAAGGAAGGAGACUUUAUCAGUGCAGUUCAAAUUCCAUUUAAACUUUAUGUGAAAACGCAAGAUGGAAAAGCGAUAGAGCUCCUACUAAUGCAAAAUAACACUAUCCAUGAGAUUAAACGAAUGGUUCAGGAACGUGAGGGCAUCCCUGAUUAUAAACAACGUCUUUUUUUUGAUGGAAAACGAUUGGAUGAUAAUACCAUCUUAAAAACUUAUAAUAUUCAAAAAGGGUCAACAUUGGAGCUAAUUUUAACAACAAUUAAACUUUAUGUGAAAACUCAAGAUGAAAAAGCGAUAGAACUCUAUCUAACGGAAAAUAACACUAUCCAUGAUGUCAAAGAAAUGGUUCAGAAAUGUAUAGAUAUUCCUGUUCAUAGACAAUGCUUUCUCUUCGGUGGAAAACAAUUGGAUGAUUCUAGCACCAUGAAAUGUUGUAAUAUUCAAAACGAGUCAACAUUGGUGUUAACUACAACUUCAUUUAAACUUUGCGUGAAAACGCAAGAUGGACAAAUUGUAGAAAUUUAUGUAACUGAAUAUAACACUAUCCGUGAGGUUAAACAAAUGAUUCAGAAAUGUGAAGGCAUUCCUAUUAAUAAACAAUGUCUUUAUUCACUUUUAUAUAGAAAGCAAUUGAGUGAUUCUAAUACCUUAAAAUAUUAUGGUAUUCGAGAAGGGGCAACAUUGGAGCUACUUCUAGCUAUUAUAGUUCGUGUAAAAACAUUAUCCGGCAAAAUUCUUACUUUGUCAAUAUGCGACAAUAGCUCCAUUUUCCCUCGAGAAUCAUGGAAUGAACCAACAUUACAUCUCGUACUUAGAUUGCGCGGAGGAAUGUUUGAUGAAACUAGUGGGCGUGUAGAUUUCAAUGCGUUGCCAUCACUCAUGCAAUAUAUGCAUGUUCCUGAGAGACAUCUAGUACAUGACAAAGUUCACGCCGGUAUUGCUUGUAAUUAUUGUGGCAAAAGUGAAUGGAAAGGAGCAAGGCUUUCACAGAUAUAAGUGUUCAGAAUGUUUUGAUUAUGACUUGUGUGAUGAUUGUAUCAAAAUGUCCAAACUGCUUCAUGACGUGCAGCAUAAUUUUUCGGAAUUAUUGGAUCCAGAAAAUCAAAAUGACUUUCCAAAAGUUGUUCCCGUUAACCCAGUUACCAUCGUACCAAUACUUCCAACAAAAAAAGAAGAGAUGUUAAAUUUGCUACAAGAAGAAGAAAAGCGAAGGGUUUCACCAGAAUUACAACAAAAAUAUUACGAGGUUGGAAGUGAUCCCACAUCCGGAAAGGACUGGAUGGAUGUUACUGAUCAAAUGCAACAUGAGUUGGUUCGAGAAUUUGGUUACUCGGAUGAGGCUGUAGAAUUAUUACGACGUGCUCCACAACUUUACAAAGAUGAUCCUGCAUUUCAAA